UCGUGUAAUGACUACCUACAGCAGGACACGAUUACUUUCAUUUGGGUUUAAACGUGGGUACGUCUGUAAGUCUCUCUCUGCGGUUUCAGCUGUCUGGUUUUGUAGGAAGAUGUCGGGCGACAGUAACAUGAAGGAUUUGCGACCUUUCCCGCAUUUCGCCACUGAUGCGAUCCACGCUGGCCAGGAUCCAGAGCAAUGGAACUGUCAAGCAGUGGUGCCUCUUAUUUCGAUGGCCACAACUUUUAAACAACGCGCACCUUCUGAACAUUGCGGCUUUGAAUAUUCCCGAAGUGGCAACCCAACCAGAAACUGCCUUGAGGCCUGUAUUGCAGCUUUGGAAGGAGCAAAAUAUGCCAUUACGUUUUCAUCUGGCUUGGCUACCACUGGCAGCAUUACCCAGCUCCUGGCUGCGGGUGACCACAUAGUCAGUAUGAAUGACCUGUACGGAGGGACAAACAGGUAUUUUCGACAGGUCGCAUCACACAUGAAUAUAGAGACGUCCUUCGUAGAUGCAACAAAUCUUCAGGUUCUAGAGAAGGCCUUUCGUCCCAAUACCAAGAUGGUCUGGAUAGAGACACCGACUAACCCUACCAUGAAACUGGUCGACUUGGAAGCCGUGACCAAACUGGUGAAAGUCAAGGCACCCAAAGCCUUCGUCGUGUGUGAUAACACAUUCAUGUCUUCUUACUUCCAGCGCCCAUUGGACUUUGGAGUGGAUAUGGUUAUGCAUUCAUUGACAAAAUAUAUGAAUGGUCAUACAGACUCUGUGAUGGGUGCAGUUGCUCUGAGUGAUGAAGAUCUACAUGCUAGGUUGCGUGCUUUACAAAACAACAUCGGGUCAGUUCCCUCCCCUUUUGACUCCUAUCUCGUGAACCGUGGCCUUAAGACAUUACCUGUACGUAUGAGACAACACAUGACUAAUGGUUUGGCUGUUGCAAAAUUUCUGGAGGGUAAUCCUCGUGUCAUCAAAGUCAUCCAUCCAGGUUUGCCAUCGCACCCACAACACGAGUUAGCCAAGCGGCAGAUGCGCGGUUACAGUGGAAUGGUGUCCUUCUACCUUAAGGGAGGAUUGGCCGAAUCAAGGAUUUUUCUUCAAACACUGAAGUUAUUUACCCUGGCUGAAAGCCUUGGAGGAUUUGAGAGCCUGGCAGAAUUACCGAGCGUCAUGACCCAUGCAUCUGUGCCCGAGGAAGACCGUGCUGACCUAGGCGUCACCGACAACCUCAUCCGUCUGUCUGUCGGUCUGGAAGACAUCGAGGAUCUUAUUGAAGAUCUGGAUAAAGCUCUCAAAGCUGCUGUACCAUGAAGAUGUUAGAGUGAACCUCACAGGCCUGAAGACUGACUUCACUACCAUAUAUCUCAUGCACAUAAUCUUAAUUACAACAGCACUGAAUUUCUAGUAUUUCAAGAAAAAAAUUGCAACCCAAGAAACAAAAAAUGUUUAACAUCUCACCGGUACCAAAAUACAUCUCUGACUUCACUGGCUUCCAUACUGACAAUAUAGUCAGAAUUACAUGUAUUAUAAUCAGUUUGCAUGGAAUUUAUUCCUAACUGAAUAUGUAUCAGCUGUUUGGUAAUCAGAAGCAUUCAUUGUGGAAUGUAGCCAAGUACACUUUUCUUUGACUGAAACCUAUGUCCCCUGCACUUGUGUAUGUCAUAUUGACAUCUUUGAAAACAAACUUACAUUUACUUUCAACAAAUUAUCUAAGGGUAUGAAAUAAAUUAUAUUAUUUUAGGUUGAUAUGUUAUAUACCAAAAAUUAAGUUACCAAACAUGUAAAUUUAAUAUUUCACAAAAUAUGAACAGAUCACAGGACAACAUUUUAUGCCUCUCUCACUCAUCUUUUUCCUGUAAACUGUUGGCAGUUUCCAUCAUUUCUAACUUUUUUAAUGGACUUUGAAGUAUCAUGUUUUAUAGGAUUUAUGGGAUUUGGUCCUGGAUCUUAGUGUAUAUCCACUUUUGUUCAUGAAAUAUGUCAAUUUUAACAAACUGAAACAACAGUGUUCGAAUGCCAUUUAUUUUCUUCGGCCCCCUCCAUCUCUAACAUAUAUGUAAUAUAUAUCUGUCAGUAUGUUGUGCUACACUCUUCAUUUUAAAAUGAUAGAUCUUCAUUAUUAUUCUUUUGGAAGUGAUAUAUUUGUGAACGGUAUAAAGUGCUAUUAAAAUCUAUAUCUAAAA